AUGAUAGCGGAUGAAUUCCCUACCCCAAGCUGGGAGGAGCGUUUCCCGGAGCCAAUCAAAUUCUUGCCCGUCGCCUUUAUCCUGGCCCUAAUUGCGGGCCUUUGGUGGAUCUAUGUCACCUGCCACCUCCUUCCCAUGAUGCAGGAGUCCCACUCCCGGGGGUUGGCCUGGCUGGAGCUGCUGAUCUUCCACGCAGUGACCGCCAUGCUUUUGGUGUGCUACUUCCUUUGUGUCUUUGUUCAUCCGGGCACCAUCCCGGACAAGAACGAGGAUCCUUCCUGGGAGUACGACGAAACGGAGGGACCUCAGCCUCUAGCCACCGACACGGUGUUGAGCAUGCAGGAGUCCAAGCGCACCGGCGAGCGGCGGCACUGCAAGUGGUGCUUGAAGUACAAGCCAGACAGGUGUCACCAUUGCCGAGUCUGCCGCAUGUGCAUCUUAAAGAUGGAUCAUCAUUGCCCGUGGAUCUACAACUGUGUGGGCUUCAGGAACUACAAGUACUUCUUCUUGCUGCUUUUGUACACGAGCAUCGACUGUGGCAUGAUCGUUUUCACCAUGCUGCCUUCUGUUAGGGCAGGCACUACGCCUACCACGCCUUUCAUGACGAUGUUCCUCCUCAUGUUUGGUGAGACCCUCGCAGGCUUUCUAGGUGUGCUGGUGACUUUGUUCCUCUUCUUCCACAUUUUUCUGAUGCAGAAGGGCAUGACCACCAUCGAGUUCUGCGAGAAGUCCCAGGGGAGCAGUGGCUUUGACUCCUCCGCCUACGACCGCGGCUUCGUGGGGAACCUCGUGGCCGUCUUGGGCGACCAGCCUCUGCUGUGGCUACUGCCAGUGGCGCCGCCCAAGGGCCGCGGCUUGUCUUUCGCCAGUGAGGACUCGCGACUCACCAAGGACAUGGAGGCAGGCCGAGGUAUCCGCCGCCACGCGCAUCGCGAAACGCCCGUGGCGCCAAAGCGCCGGAGCGAAAGGCCAUAUCACUGCGGGGGCACAGGCUCCACGGGCCAGUCCGAGGACUCCUUGUCCGGGUCCGGCAGCGACGAGGCGCGCUCCUUGGAGCCAGACCUGGGCUCCAGCCGCGGGCCGCAUGGGCGCGAGGUCCAAGGCUAUGGUGCUACGGAUGACGCAGGCACAGGAUCUCGGGAGUCGCCUAAGUGA